GUUAUUUUUAUUUCUAUAUUCAUCUUUAAAUAGAUAAAAACAUUUAAAUUUUAUUUCAUUUUGUUUAAUACACCACUUAUCAUAGAUAAAGUACGCCCAUCAAAUGGCAAUUUGCAUUUGCUUUGUUCUGAACUAAGGCGGUAACAAUGUCCGACGGUGCAACUGAAAACCGUCAGCCGCCGGACUCGGCAGCCGAGGACGAGCUACCAUCCGACGCUACCAGCAUCGUGGAUGACAAUGCUGGCGAUAGCAAUAGCUCCGCCUCAACUAAUUCUCCCAUUGGCGAAGCCCUAACCGCCUUGCUCUCCUCCGUGAUCAGGGAAUUCGACGGCCGAGCUGACGCCACUUCCCGCAGUCAAGAUCAACUCUCCUUCGCCCUCGAUCGUCUCACCGGAGAACUUGACAAGCUGCUGGAGGAUGUACCAUUGCCUUUCAUCAUGCAACAUGCUGCUAGGAUUUCUAGUGUUAGAAAGAGAGUCGCGUCUUUAAAUUCAGUUUUGAGGUCUAUACAACGGCGUGUAGAUAAUAUCGACCGGAUGAUUGUUCCUGUGGGUUUAUUGCAUGAAAAAAAUAUCAAAGAUGAUGGGGGACAAAAUUGAGACGUGUCAGUCAUUGAAGAGAAACUGUAAUAUAAUCAAGGACAUACACUUACCCAACCCAAUGCAUAUGCUUCAGUCGACUUCGGGUGAAGGAACAGUUACUAUUUUCCUUUCACUGAGAUCAUUUCAUUUCUCGUGUCAGGUUUUUACAGCAUGUCGCUUACUUGUGCUUGUGCUCUUGCUUUUGCUAGAGUUGCUAAUGUGGCCAUGGACAAAGGAGAGUGAAUAAUUAUGAAGCUGGCUUGCUGCUGCACAAGUAAUGCCCAACUUCCAACAUGAUAAUAAUGCUGCAUCAUUCUUGUUUGAUUGAACUUGUUACAUACCACUAAAAGUAAUUAAAACGCAUCCAACAUGAUAAUAGUCCUGCAUGAUUCUAGUUUUUUUAUCCCGUGUUUGACAGGAAACUUGACAUAUACUGCUAAACCUUUUUUUAUACUCCCUCUGUUUCAUAAAAUGAUUCUUAUUUU